ACCUUACCAGCAGCUUCUGCACAGCGUCCCCAGUAAAAUGUACCCCGAAAACCCCCACCUCCGCUUCCUCCUCUUCCUCGCCGUCGCGGCAGUUGCCGCCGGCGGGGCUGCGGCGAACACCACCCUCACCGCGUCCCUCUCCGGCAACCAGAUCAAGAUCAUCUGGUCCGGACUCCCGGCCCCGGACGGCCUCGACUACGUUGCCAUCUACUCGCCGCCGUCCUCCCGCGACCGCGACUUCCUCGGCUAUCUCUUCCUCAACGGCUCCGCCUCCUGGCGCGGCGGCUCCGGGGAGCUCUCCCUCCCGCUCCUCCCGACGCUCCGCGCGCCCUACCAGUUCCGUCUCUUUCGCUGGCCCGCCAAGGAGUACUCCUACCACCACGUCGACCACGACCAGAACCCGCUCCCCCACGGCAAGCACCGCGUCGCCGUCUCCGCCGACGUCUCCGUCGGCGACCCCGCCCGCCCCGAGCAGCUGCACCUCGCGUUUGCGGAUGAGGUCGACGAGAUGCGGGUCCUGUUCGUGUGCGGCGACCGCGGGGAGAGGGUCGUCAGGUACGGGCUGCAGAAGGAGGACGACAAGGAGUGGAAGGAGGUGGGCACGGAUGUGAGCACGUACGAGCAGAGGCACAUGUGCGAUUGGCCGGCCAACAGCAGCGUCGCCUGGAGGGAUCCGGGAUUCGUCUUCGACGGCCUCAUGAAGGGAUUGGAGCCCGGAAGGAGGUACUUUUACAAGGUUGGUAGUGACACAGGAGGAUGGAGUGAGAUAUACAGCUUCAUUUCACGUGACAGUGAAGCCAGUGAGACCAAUGCUUUUCUAUUUGGUGACAUGGGAACUUAUGUGCCUUAUAACACCUACAUUCGCACACAAUCUGAGAGCUUGUCCACUGUAAAGUGGAUCCUUCGUGAUAUUGAAGCCCUUGGAGAUAAACCCGCCUUUAUUUCACACAUUGGGGACAUCAGCUAUGCUAGAGGUUAUUCUUGGGUCUGGGAUCAUUUCUUCAGCCAGAUCGAGCCUAUUGCUGCCAAUACUCCAUACCAUGUCUGUAUAGGAAAUCAUGAGUAUGAUUGGCCAUCACAACCCUGGAAACCAUGGUGGGCUACAUAUGGAACGGACGGUGGAGGCGAAUGUGGAAUACCUUAUAGUGUCAAGUUCAGAAUGCCGGGCAAUUCUAUUCUACCUACAGGUAAUGGUGGCCCAGACACCAGGAAUCUUUAUUACUCCUUCGACUCAGGCGUGGUGCAUUUCGUCUACAUGUCGACCGAAACAAAUUUUGUUCAGGGAAGUGACCAGCACAACUUCUUGAAAACGGACCUUGAGAAGGUGAACCGAAGUAGAACACCGUUUGUUGUUUUUCAGGGCCACCGCCCCAUGUACACCUCGAGCGAUGAAACCAGGGACGCGGCUUUGAAACAGCAGAUGCUCCAGAAUCUGGAACCGCUGCUGGUGACAUACAAUGUGACCCUCGCGCUAUGGGGACAUGUCCACAGGUACGAGAGGUUCUGCCCGAUGAAGAAUUCCCAAUGUGUCAACACUUCAUCAAGCUUCCAGUACUCUGGCGCUCCUGUGCAUCUUGUGAUCGGGAUGGGCGGCCAAGACUGGCAACCUGUAUGGCAACCGAGGCCUGAUCACCCAGACGUCCCUAUCUUUCCUCAGCCUGAGCGUUCCAUGUACCGCGGUGGCGAGUUUGGAUACGCCAGACUUGUGGCAACAAGGGAGAAGCUAACACUGACUUAUGUGGGGAACCAUGAUGGGCAGGUCCAUGAUAUGGUGGAGAUAUUUUCUGGCCUGGUAUCCCCCAGUAACAGUAGUGUUGCUGAGGCGGUGGAUGGAACCAAACUUGGCACAGGAGUCAGCACCGUGCGGAAAAUUUCUCCGCUGUACUUGGAAAUCGGAGGCAGUGUGAUGUUUGCGCUGCUCCUGGGAUUUUCCUUUGGGAUACUUGUCAGGAGAAAGAAAGAAGCUGCACAGUGGACUCAAGUAAAGAAUGAGGAAUCGUAGUAGUGUUGCCAAUACCGUGAGCCUGGUGCAGUGGUGGUGAUCCAAACUUGUGUGGGUGUAAUUACUGGAGUAGAACCUAACAAAGUGAAGGCAUUUCUGACUUCUUGGGGGGCUCCGCGUCCUCUUGGUACAACUAGUGUAUUGAUAGUCUUGGGAAAUGAAGGUUCUGAUCGCAUAUCUGUUGUUGUAAUAGUUCAAUGUAUAAGCAUGUAAUAAGUGAUAUAAUGUUCACAUUGCUUUGGUUGACACAAGUGUGUAACAUGUGCUACCACAAGUGAUUCUGGGCGUCCUUUGUAGUUGAACCAUAUUUGUUUUAUGAUCCUGCUUUUCUGUAUCAUCUGCCUGCUUUUGUUAGCAGAUGUACGGAAUCUUCUGUACUUGGAGUUUAUACCUAACAACAUACUUAUAUAUUUAUAUU